AUGAUGGUGCAAGUAUUUCCUCUGAUUUUGUGUCGGACAGUCGCGCUCACCUACAUACAUGGAAAAAGGACUUACGCCAAGCUAUCCCGGUCUUCAUUUACACAGUUGCAGUAUUUUGACUCUCUUAAGAAAAAGAGUGCAUUUGAAGAGUCUGAAAAGCCAUUGAUUGUACGCUUGGCCAGUGGUCAAACUCUUGAAGGGACGGCUGGAUGUACCACUCCCCUUAGCCUUGCUCAAAGAGCCCGUAUUAAGGGGGCUUUGGUGAGUAAAGUGAACGACGAACUAUGGGAGCUUGGACGACCAAUACAGACUGACUGUAAGCUUCAGUUCCUGGGUUUCGAGAGUCCUGAAGGAAGACUGACAGCCUGGAGGACUGGGGCAUGUGUCCUCGGAGCUGUGUUGGAGUCUCUGUUGGAGACACCGGUUUGCAGGGAGGGAGUGUCAGAUCUGGGCUUUUACUGUGACCUUGCUUUAAAGGACCGUACCAUUUCAUUGAACGACGUGGAGGAAAGAUGCUUGAAAGCUGCUGUUCAGAAACUUCCUCUCACAAGAUUGGAUCUUAGUAUUGAUGAGGUCCAAGAGAUUUUUAAGAACAAUGUUUUGCGGCUUCAGCUAAUGGAGGACCAAAUGACCGGCCCUGCUGUUUCCAUAUACAGGUGUGGGGACAGUAUAGGAGUCUGUGAUGGUCCACUCCUUCCUCAUACUGGCCACCUGAGGGUCUUCAAAAUGCUUCAGAUUACACCUGUUACAUUGUCAAAUCAGACUGAGGCCUCUGGUUUGAUGCGUCUUCUGGGGGUUGCGUUUCCUGGGGUCAAGGAGUUGGAGGAGUGGGAGCGGGAGCAGGAGGAGGCUCGGAAGAGGGACCACAGGCGAAUUGGAAAAGACCAAGAGUUGUUUUUCUUUAAUGACGUUAGUCCAGGAAGCUGCUUUUUUCUACCAAAAGGAGCUCAUAUCUACAACACCCUUACAGAUUUUAUUAAGAGUGAAUACCACAAAAGGGGCUUCACUGAGGUUGUAACUCCGACUUUGUACAGCACUGCAUUGUGGGAGCGCUCUGGCCACUGGGAACACUACAGCGAAAACAUGUUCACUGUGACAUCAGAGGGAUCCCAGACUUACGCACUGAAACCUAUGAACUGCCCUGCACAUUGCAUCAUGUUCGAGCAUCGCGUUCGGUCGUGGAGGGAGCUGCCUCUGAGGUGGGCCGACUUUGGAGCUCUGCAUCGGAAUGAACUUUCCGGAGCGCUGGGCGGUUUGACACGAGUGCGCCGCUUCUGUCAGGAUGACGCUCACAUCUUCUGCACACCGGAUCAGCUGGAGGAGGAGAUCACAUCCUGUUUGGACUUUGUGCGCUCUGUUUAUCAAGUGUUUGGCUUCACCUUCCAGUGUCUGCUGUCCACCCGGCCCACACCGUGUCUGGGGGAACUGGAGCAGUGGGACAACGCCGAAGAGCAGCUGGAGAGGAGUCUGCAGCAGUUCGGUGAGCGCUGGGAGGUGAACCAGGGUGACGGAGCUUUCUAUGGGCCAAAGAUUGAUAUCCAGAUCAAAGAUGCCAUUGGGAGGAAACACCAGUGUGCAACCAUUCAGCUAGACUUUCAGCUGCCCAUUCGAUUUGAUCUUCAGUAUGUGGGAAAAGACGGACUGUCGCAUCGCCCGGUAAUGAUACAUCGAGCCGUGCUGGGAUCUCUGGAGAGAAUGAUUGCUAUACUGGCAGAAAACUUUGGGGGGAAAUGGCCACUGUGGUUGUCUCCAUCGCAAAUUAUGGUCAUUCCUGUUGGGGGCAGUAGUGAGUCAUAUGCCGAGCAGGUUGUACAUCAGCUAAGUCAAGCUGGUUUCCUGGUUGAUUUGAAUGACGAUCAAGGAUCCACCUUAAACAAGAAGAUCCGCUCUGCUCAGUUGGCUCAGUACAACUACAUAUUUGUGGUGGGGGAUAAGGAGAGCGAGUCUGGAACGGUGAACGUGAGGAGCAGACGAGGGAAACAAUUGGGGAGAAGGACUUUAGAGGAGGUGAUGGCAGCUCUCAAGCAGCUCAGAGACACUCGGAGCAAUGUGGACGAGUUUUAA